GGCAUCCUUGUGCAGCCAGAUUGGCAAUCUCUACUCCUGUGGUUGAAUUAACUAGUAAUAUUGGGCCACACCCAUGGAUUUUUUUUGAAUAUAAGGUGGUAGAAACAUACACAGACUGAAACAUCCCUCUUACAUGCCGAAUUCUCAUUUGCAAUCCCAGUUACCCGUAACUAGGAUUCCGUGAUUUUGUUUUGAAUGAAUCCCUUCCUCCAUAAUACCCUGUCCAAACGUAUCCACGUUUGGCUUGAGCAUUUAUGUCUGACGGCUUCAGCUAUAUCAAACGCGACCCUUCUUUUCUUCGCACAAUAUGGCAUAUGUGUACAAGACCACCGGGACAGUUAUGCAGGUUAUUGCCAAGCCAUGGUAGGAAUUAUGAGUUUGGAUAUCUUCAUCUUUCAUAUUUUAAACAAUGCUCAAAGUGUCAGAAUAUCAUGAUAAAGACUGUGUAAUACAUAAAACGACGACUGAACGAAAUACCCAUGUUGGAUUGCCUGGUGCAAGGGUCCAGAAAGUCCGACGACAAUAUAACUUCAAUCAUGGCCUCCAAAAGUGUACAUCCCUGUAUUAAGACUCAACAUUUGAUUAUUCAUGAUAUGCCCAUAUCUAUAUUCCAGUUGAUACGGGGCUCCAACUACCGACACCAUUGAGCCCCAUCAUAUCCGUACGCGUUCUUUGGAACAUCUUUUUGUCUAAAUGUCUUUACACAUACUCAAUGGAUGAAAAGAAACAAUCAGUUCAAAGCCGUCAAUCCAGGCAAAAGAACGCAAGAUCUCAUUGAUGCCCUACUCUUUCUUAUCUGUAAUGACUUAAAUGCCACACGGCUCACAUCGAUCGGCAUUUCACAUCUUAGGACACUGUCUUCCUUCUUCGACACUUUCCCUGCGAUAACACCAUCCAAAUCUGUGGAUGUCAAACUACCUCCAAGAUCGUUCAGCAUGUGCAAAAGAUCAGCAACCCCCUUAUGGCCAGAGGCCCCCGCCGA